UUUUCCAUACUUCUGUCAUGUCAUAAUGACAUCAAUGAGCAGUACUUUAAGGCAAAGUAUUUUUAUUUUAAUUAAAGUCGGAGUUUUAAUACUAGUGAUAAAUACAGUAGACUGUAUUGUUGUGAAUAAGAACGAAACGUUAAAUAGGCUAAUUAGAGCAAGUAACGGAAACCCAGUUCUCGGCAAUUGUUAUCCGAGCAAAUCCAUCGCGCAAAAAAACUACUACUUAAUUAAAAAUGCGCUUAUGCUUGAGCCAAGCUGGACAAACAUAGACCCAAGUUCAACGGCUUUGCCAGAGUAUGAAAAAUACUAUUGGAAAUACACUGCAACAAGAGAGACACUCGAAAAAACCAGCGAAAACUACGACUUAUCCAAACACCAAGCCGAAAACAACCAAAGCUUGAAAUUCGACCGUUUUGUAACCCCUCCAGGUGUCUACAAAAUCACAACCACUCUAACCCCAAAAGACGAAUUCAAAAAUUUGGGGCAAAUUCCCUCUUUUGACUGCUUUUUCGAAAUCAGAGCUUUGAACCCGCUUGUUGUGAUCCAAGGUGGUCCAGAUCGCGUCGUUCCCAAUGAUACUGAAAUUGUGGUAAGUGGGGCCGAUUCCAUCGACCCUAACACACCACUUGGUGAAAAUGUGCUGCAAUUUGAAUGGGCUUGCACGAAGUUGAAAAGCAAAGAUCCAUGUGCUCCCAAAGCAAAUUCCACUGGGAAAGAGUUUCGCAUUCCGGCAGAGGAAGCCAUUGACGAAGAGAUUUUUGAAGUUCAAGUUACCGUCACCACACAGUUUCAAACUUCGAGUCAUAACCGGCAAACAAUUGAGGUUGCGAAAAAUGCGGCACUGCUGAGGAUCAGCUGCGAGAAAAACUGUCCUCCUAAAACCGACUCGCCCAACGUUCAAGACGUGACAUUUUUGCGCGCAAUUUGCGAAAAAAAUUGCAAAGAUAUAAAAGACGAUGACUACGCCUGGGAAAUCAAUCAAUACUGGCCCGUAUAUGGUUCCUUCAGUUUCGAUUAUAACACACAGACACAUUUCGGCCGAAUCGGCCUUAAAUUCAUCAUUAAGAAGAAUGAGCUUAAAGAAGGCUACUUUUACAAUAUAGAACUGCAUCUUCGACCGAAAGCUAAACGUUACGGAAGCACCAGUAUUACGCUGAAAUACGCUUCAGCACCGCUUAUAGAACGUUGUGAUACAACUCCAAAUAUCGGUCUCAGUCUCACGACCAAAUUUCGCUUUAGUUGCGUACAAGAAUCACCCGAUAAUACAUUUUUCUACGAGUUGUACUACAGUGAUGAGAAAACUGGAUCAGCUGGAAAUUUAAUAAUCAGCGGCUUGUAUCCGGACGUUUUCAAUUAUCAAUUUUUAUUGCCACCGUCAAUCGGCCACCAAUUUUACGUUAAAGUGUCGAAAAGUGGCGGACCUGUUACUUAUAAACAACUCUAUCCGAAUGUGGUUUCGGUCACUGAUCGUAAAACAGGCCCUGAAGUUGUUGAAAUCUACAAAAAGUUUUACGAAGGCAGCGAAAAAUCGAUUUCGAAAAUGGUUGGUAGUAAUAAUGCCAAAGAAAGAUCGGAAGGUGCGGAGAAGUUUCAAGCACUUGUUGAACAAAUUAUUUCGAAGAAAAUUGAGUCAAAUGAUGCUAAAAGUUUUAUUAAGAAUUUGACGGUGGAAGUUGUUCGUGAUGCGUUAAGAUCAAGAGCAGGAGAUGUUAAUGAUUUAUUGACCAUAAGUGAUUCCAUUACAAAAUUAAUCAACCAGCAUGAGGUGACACUUUUGAGUCCGGUGAUUGCUAAAAUGACAACAACGAUUUGUAAGAAAAUGAUUGAUAAACAUGCGGAAGCAAUUGAGACGAAUAAUCAAGCUUUAACGUCCAAGGAUCAAAUGGAACUUAUCCAAACUUCUUUGACGAAAUGUUUGGAAGCUGCUGUAAAUGAAGAUUACUGGGCUUUGGAGCCUCUUAAUCGGUCUAUAACUAUAAAGGAGUUGCCAGCAGUGCCUCUGGAAGCUUACAUUGUGGAAAAUUAUCCGGAUUAUGUCGAUCAAGAUAAACAUUACACGGAACAAAUGGAAAAUUUCAAUACGAUCACAAAUAACGUUGUUCAAGCCACAGCAAAAGCGGCCAAAGCAUUAGCCAUGACCAUGGUGGCAGGUCAACACGUUUCCCGAAGCUUUGGCCAAAGCUCCGCCACUGUUGUAGCCAAAGACGCCGGAAAAUACAUCCCUCACACCAAAAUCAAUUUACUGAACGUGACCUUAAUCCCAUCUAAAGAUUUCCAUAACAUUGACCACGAUUUCGAUCUUUUGAUGUCCGUCUGGACCAAAGAUUUGAUGUGGUGGAACCAUGCAAAAACACGUCCAGCUACUAGUAUCGUAAGUGUGCAAUUUUGGCACGCUUCUUGCAAGAAACGAAUACGGCAUUUUUUAAACUACGUGGAGCUUCAACUUAAAGUAACGAAAGAUUUUAAGACGCAGUUGAAGCCAGGAAAUGUUACCGUUCCUGACAAUUAUCUCGAAUUGGAAGGAGAUCAAUUGAAUAAGUACAUAAGGGUUCGAAGGGUUGGUUUUCCCAAACACUCGACUCUUUAUUUCGAUUUUUUCAACAUGAGUGAUGAAAAUGCUCUUGAUGUGGUUUUUACCCAAUUCGAAUUUCCAACAAUCGAUCAUUUUCGCAAGAACAUGACCAUCGAUCGUGACAACAUGACGUCGAUGAAAAUCACCAAUCAUAACAGUUACGACGUUUGGGCAUACAUUGGUGUUUUGCCAAAUCGAAGAGUUGUUGAAAAUGGAACAACAUCAAAAAUUUUGCACUACAAUCUAACUCUGGUUUCUUCGUUUUGUAUUCGUUGGGUGAAAGAAGAUCGCACCUGGCAACUUGAUUGUAAAAUUGGUGAAGAGUCAACACGUCAUGAUCGUAUUAUUUGUCAGUGCAAACAUUUUUCGGUGAUUAGUGGUUAUUUUCAAAAUUUGAACUCAAUCGUUCAAGAAGUGGUGACGAUUCAAGUGGUUUUGGUGCUACAAUCGUGCUACAUUAUUUUUUUCACUGUUGCAGUGACUUAUGCCAUUUUUUGUUGUUUCUUCUUCUUGACAAUGUUUAAGACUUAUAAGCAGGUGUUUUAUCUUGCUGAUAACGUUAUAGAUGAUUUAUAUGCCUAUUUGAUAAUCGUUAGAACGGAAAACGUCCAUCAUGCUGGUACUACUUCCAAAAUCACCAUCAGACUUAAAGGGGAUAAAAGGAUAAGUGAGCCACAUGUCCUGAACUAUCCUGAUCCUAAACUGCGCCUUUUGCAAAACCAAAGCGAAGACAUUUUUGUGUUAACAACAAAUCGUCAUCUUGGUGUUAUCAAAGAAAUCGAGUUGUGGUUUGAUUGUAGCGGUUUCAACCCUUCUUGGUAUUGUCGUGAUAUCGUCAUCUACGACAUGCAAAAACGUAUCCAAGUUUAUUUCAAAGUGAAGACACGUUUCGCUGUUGAUCGAAAAGGUGUUAACUACCUUUGUAUCGGCCCAAGAGAAGAAAAAGGCAAAGUUACAAACCACAUAAGAAUCUGUAAUCACUUCCAUACGUGGAUGUUAUGGGCUGGAGAGACGAAUUUUAGCUACGAAACCAGACUAACUGUUGUUUUCUCCAACAUUCUGAUGAUUUAUAUGUUUGUGUUGCUGUUCCUCGGUACUCCAACACUAACCCUUAAGGACUGUCUUGACAGAUUCGAAGAAUUUAUUUUUAAUUUUGAUUUGUUGAUUCUGGCAAUGCAGUGUGCGUUUUUGUCGUUUCUCGUUCACAUACCUCUUGCUUGGACGUUCAGAUUUUCACAAAUUGAAUUUAAAAUCUUCGAUACGGUUUAUCACAAAUCGCACAGAUACUCGAAUUAUUGCAGGACGUUGUUGUGUAUUUUUGUCAUAUCUUCGACUUCAUUUUUGAUUAUUUAUGGAUUUUGGGUGCCUGUUAAUUCCAGUUUGGUUUGGUUGGUGACGAGUUUAGUGGCUUGUCUUUUUUCAAUUGUGGUGAUUGAGAAUGUUUUUAUUAUAAUACAGACGUCCAUCUGUAAAUUUAAACUGAGAGUUUCGUUUGAUAAAAAAUUUAACGCAAUUCUUCGCAACAUUGAAAAACAGAGAUUGUUUCUGUAUGGUCGGUUUAACGAGUCGCUUUUUCGACCCCUAUUACAGCAUUUGUACGCACCUUUGAAAGCCGGACAAUUGCUUAGACGACGAAUUGUUGUCGAACUUCGCAAAAGUAUCUACGAAGAUUUGCAAGACCUGUUCAUGUACUCGCUUUAUAACUUUAUCCUUUACAUGUUUAUUCUAGUCUAUCACGGAACACUAACAACAGUUAGUAAGAGCGAAAUCGAGAGCAUGGUCCAAGGGGAACACACCCGAACUUUAAAAUUUUCCGAUAUCGAAUCAAUUCCUGAUGUUUAUCGUUACAUUAACACCACUUUAAUUCAAAUCAUCCACCCAACUAUUUGGUACACAAAUUUCACGAUUCCACCCAGUGGAAUAAUGAUAGAUAAUGCCAAUAAAGUGAUUGGGGUUGCAAGGAUUCGUCAACAUCGUAUUGCAGCAAAUGCGUGUGAAGUUCCAGCUCAAAUGAAUUUUUUGAAUAUGUCGUGUCAGCCGGAAUUUUCAUUUCAAGAUGCGGAAACAGGCGAUUUUCUGCCCAAGUGGGCUAUUUCCGUAACGGGGGUGGAGUAUGACAGGUUGAAAAAAAUUUGGAAGUAUGCCACUCAAUCAGAAACCGAAACUUGGGGGACUGUAGGCUGGAUAGGGACGUACAGUGGUGGCGGUUAUGUGGCAUUUCUUGGCCGCACUCUUCGCAACUCUUAUGCAAAUUUUAAAAAAAUCUUCGAUAUGAGUUGGAUCGACCACCAGACCAGAAGCAUCUUUAUCGAAUUUUUAACCUACAACGCAAACUAUAACGUUUUUGUUGCCGUUAAUUUACUGUUUGAACAAAGCGCAACAGGAUACACUUCGAAAAUUCUUCAAAUCAACGUUGUUCGAAUGCUGUACACCCAAAACGAAGUCGAAAUCGAAUCAAUGGUCUAUUUCGUGCUUUUCCUCUUCUGGGUCAGCAUGCUCAACAUUAAAUUGCUGUUCGGAAUAGCGAAAAAUCUCACCGAUUUCUACAAAAAGUUCUGGCUGAUGCUUGAUGUGGUCAUCAAUUUCAUGAGUCUUUUGAGCAUUUCGAUGUUUAUUCUUCGGAUUAAGAUGGUCCAGCGGUAUCUCACGUCGUUGGAAGCGGUGAAGCAUAACGAUUUCAUCAGCUAUUUCAACAUGAUGUAUUUGGAGGAGUUUUUGACUUAUUUUGUGGCGGUUUUGGUGUGUUUUGCCACCGCCAGGUUGUGGAAGUUUCUUCGGUUCGGGCAGUUUUUCCGCAUUAUGGAGCGCACUCUUGCCAUGGCUGCUGUGCCUCUUGGAGCAGUGACGUUCGCCUUUGGGGUGAUAAUCACAGCUUUUGCGUUUGUGGGGAUUAUAAUUUUCAACAACGAGUUUGUUGACUUGUCGUUUUUUGUGAAAAUUGUGGCCACGCUUAUUCAGCUUUCGCUGAAACCGGACCAGUUCGAUUUGAUGAAGUUCAUAACUUUCAAGCUGGCGUAUGUUUACUUUUCUUUGUAUUUGAUUAUAAUGCAAGUGAUUCUUCUGGUUUACAUCACUGUUAUUAUAAUGGCUUAUGUGAAGGCUCGCUUGGAGUUGUCCUGUGUUCCAGACAGGUACACUGUCAAGGACUACGUCAAGGAACACUCGGAAUACAUCCCGAUUUUUGUCAAAAGUUUAAUCGCUCGUUUACGAGCUGGGGGUUCCGAAGAACCGCCUCUGACCCCCAAAGCUGACGAAUUCCGCUACGCGAAUUGUGUGGGAGUUGCCAAAAAUCGGCUCAAAUCUAUGAGGUUUAUCGUUUCGUGUAUUUUUCGCAACAUGAAGGAAAAGGAAGAGGAUCAAAGGGUUUUGACCGAUCAUGAAACUACUUUGAUGCUAGGAGUUUGCAAUACAUUUGUCUUGAAAAGCAGUGAGGAUGACGAACAGGAACUCUUCUUCAAGGGGCAUUUCGAAGGCCAGAACAUACAGCUAGUGGAUGAGAAAAGGAUUGAUAAGAUUGCUGCUUUUGUGGAUAUCAUGUUUGAGGACAGGCCUGAGUUUGGACAUAUUGCAGCAACUGACUCGGAAAAAACACUCAUCGAUUGUUGUAAACUGGCCAAAAGGCAAAAUGAGACUUUGCGCAAGUGUACCUUGCUGUUGAAGUUGGUGGAGUUUAAGAUGGGCGACGUUGAUAGGCUUGUGAAUGGGUUUGUUGAAGAUGUUAGGCGUUCUUCUUGAAUUAUAGUUUUGGUUCAAUUAUUUAUGAAAUAAAAGGGUUUUCGUUGUGA